GGCAAACGUGGGGACUGGCACAAUAAUUAUUCGAUGAUUUAUUGAAUUGGAUAUGGAGUGAAAACAAAGAACACUUCUACUUGAAACGGGGUUUUAUUUUGGCAACGUCUCCCGGAAAAUGUAGUUUCAAUCCGCGGACCGUAUGACACUCAAACAAUCAUCUGCAUUCACCAGAAAAAAUAGAGAAAAUUGAUACUACUCUCACAGUGACUCUCUUGGUAUAAUUUAUGGACUAUCCCUGAUUUAUUCUUGACAUUAUGAUCAGUUGGAGGCCGAGAACUAGUGGCUUUCAUACACACUGGUGACCGUUCAGCUGGUAAUGUAUUUUUCACAUCUUAUGUUUGAUUUCCUUCUAUAAACGGAUGUUUCAUUAUCAGCGCACGGACCCUCUCGCGUUUUUCAAGUAUGUCAACCGCAUUACAGCGGGUUGUUUGACACCUUCGCCGACGUAAAAUAGCAAAAUUGCUCACUGAAGUUGCAGCAAUGGCUUCGGCGCUGAGUUGCUUCAGUGGUCCCGAGGUGUUGGAGGACGUGAAUCACGCUCGGGGUUUGAUGGACGAGUUGAAAUUACUGUACGACUGCCGGCUGCUCGGGGACGUUACUAUCGGAGUUGAGUGUGAAGAGGAGUCACUGGAGCCCAGCGGGGAGUCAGCCAGCGGUGACAUUGACCAACUUUUCCUAUGUAGCCGCAACGUCCUCGCAGCUGCCAGCCCUUACUUCAAAAGCAUGUUCACCGGGGGGUUAAAUGAGAGCAUGCAGCAGAGAGUGGUCAUCCGCGGGGUGGACUCUGAGUCCAUGUCUGUUAUAAUUGACUAUUGUUACACAGGCAGGGCGACCAUCACGGAGAGCAACGUCCAGAGGCUGUACGCAGCAGCCAAUAUGCUCCAGCUUGAGUACAUCAGGAAAGCUUGCUCCAGCUUCAUGACAAGGAGGCUGGACCUCUCCAACUGUGUGGGGAUACUGAAAUUUGCCGAUUCGUAUGACAAUCCUGAAUUGAAGGAGAAUGCACAAGCUUUCAUAGCCAGGAACUUUAGCCAGGUGUGUAAUGGAGGGGAUCUUUGUGACCUGGAUCUGAUGCAACUGAAGGAGAUGUUGUCUCUGGACGCUUUGGAUGUGGACUGUGAAAAGAAGGUAUGCUCCGCUGCUUUGCAGUGGAUAGAGGCGAAUGCACCACAGAAAAGGGAGGAUGCACUGCAGGCACUGAAGUGUGUGCGCUGGAACUUGUUCACCGAGACGGACAAGUGUUACCUGGAGGGCCUCAUGGCAAGGCCUUUAAUUGAGAAAUACCUUGAAACUUUCUUUAACAGGUCUGCAGAGGACAUAUGCGGUAUACCCGCAACUCUGGACUUAGCAAAACACAGAAUAGGUGUAAAUGCAAAAGAAAUGAUUCUCUUCUUCGGCCUACCCAAUGACAACAUAAUGUGCUGCGACCCUUACUCAGAGGACCUGUACUUCAUGGCUCCUCCUUUAGAAGACCUCAGCAGUCAGGAUUACAAACGUUCCACCAUGGAGUCCUUAAUCGCCUGUGCCACACCUGAAAACAACUUGUACCUGGCCUCUCACCUCUCUAAACACUUCUGGCUCUACAACCCUGUGCUCAACAGCUGGCAGGAGUUGGCAGAGAGGCCGCUGGGGAGGAUUCACUCUGGGAUGGGCUACCUCAACGGCCAUGUGUACCUUCUGGGAGGAAGAAAUCCAGUGACUGAUGCCAGACUGAAGGAGGUGGAGUGCUACAGCGUCCAGAGGAACCAGUGGACGUUUGUGGCUCCUUUGCCUCAUUCUUUAGGUAAAAUGCAGGUAGUGGCACUAAAUGAUCACCUGUAUGUGGUGAACAAAAGGAGAAUGCUAUGCUAUGACCCCAAGAGGAAUCGCUGGCGCCACUGUGGAUCACUGAGAAGGGACAAGCUUCAUAAGGCGUGUGUGUAUCAGGACCAGAUCAUCUGUGUGUGUGACAUCCCUGUGGUGAAAGCCUACAGCCCUACCAGAGGGGAAUGGAAGAGGCUGGGUGACAUUCCCAUUGACAGUCGUGCUCUAAAUUACCAAGUCAUCCAGCACAACAACAAGUUGCUGCUUCUCACUCAGACUUUACUGCAGCACAACAAAAACAGGGUCCUCAUCCAUGAGUACGACCCAGCCAGGGACACCUGGAAGAACAUCAUGGCAGUGUAUGUGUCCACCCUGGGGCCUGUGUGUGUUUCAACACGCGUGUACCCGGCUUGCCUGGGCUCUGCUCACAGCUUCUCUACAGAAGAGGACGAUGACAGUGGCUCCAGUGCCGACUGGGACUUUGAUGGGUUGACAGAUGCAGACUCUGACUCUGGCAGCUCAAGCUCUUUCUCAGAUGAGAACUGGUAGUAAAAUGUGCUACUGUGUCAAAGAAAUGUUAUUUAUAAUUUAUUGGAUUAUUACAGGGUUCUAUCCGCUAGAAGAGGUGACAGAUCCAGAUUAAAAUCAGUAUUAAAGCCAGCCAUUUACAGUAGAAGUAGUCCAUCAAAAUCUUUAUUUCACAUGGAUGUCAGCUUUCUCUAGUCUUGCAAAUGAUUAUUUACUGAAGAGAAUAAACUCCGCAGAGUUGGUUUCAUAAAUGCCAAGAUACAAGGGCUUUGUUGUUGAAUUUAUAUCAUGUGCUGCCAGAAUUAAAGACGGUAGGUCUGGUAGAGUCUUGUUUACACAAUAACUCAAGAAAAAUAGGUGAUGUUAACAUAACUGUUCCCCUAUAGAGCCAUAAUUUACCACAUUAACAAGGGCAGCUGAGUGAAGGUUACUCCAGAGAUGUAGUAUUGCACUUCCAUAACAUUGGGGGAAAUAGCAAGAGACAGAUUAACAAAAACUGAAGAACAAUCAAAGCAGCAGAGGCUGUUAUAUUCUGACUUUUUCUCUCUAAGGUCGUCCUACAUUUCCCAUAAUGCAGUGGUUUCCAAACUGAGCCUUUGGAAUGAAAGUAAAGUUUAAUAUCCCUUUUCACAGCUGAGACGUUUCAAACGUGUCAAACACAGGUGUUACUAAUGAGAUAAUUAAUUGCUGGAACAUCGUUAAUGUUAUUACUUCCACCUGUGCUCGUCCGUCAAAAAUGUCUGCCGUGAACAAGGUCUGGGAAUUUAAUUCAAGAGUGCUCUGACGCUGCAAUGUUUUAGGUAAAAGAUUAACAGACUUUUGACGGGGUGGAAAACAAGAACUGGUGACGCUCAUCAAGAAAAACGCAUCAGUAAAAUCCAAAGAAUCCUGCUCUUCAGUUCAAUGUUGAUUAUAAUAGGAAUGUGUUGUGUUCAUGGUGUGUUACAUCUCUGUUGGCUACAUUUUUUUUAAAAUUUUAAUAUGGCAAAAAAGAGUUUGGGAACCACUGCCCUUUAUACUUGAUAAUGCUCCUCCAGAGCCACAAAAGACUUUAUAGGUAACAGUUUGCACAGGCUGAGUAGUACUCCCCAUGAAUAUUCACUUUGACGUGUUUGACGGCGGAGGGUCUCUUUUAAUGCUCGGGGCUUGUGUUGUGUUGUAGAAAGACAGAAUAUACAUUUCUAUUUAGCUUGAGCACACCUGUUUUAGGAUUAGGUGUAAAAUCAUUACUGUGACUUUUGGGACAGCAGGCAGUUCAAGUGCCUCACAGUUUAUGACUUCAAACACAUCAAGCAAAGGGCUUUAAAAUUUGCUGUCCUUUUUUAUGUUGUUGAUGCACUUCAAGAUGUCACACACACACCGCCAAUGUGUGUGUGUGUGUGUGCACAAGCCAAUGUACUGUAAGCUCACUCAGGUUUAGGCUUCAGUAAAAGCCUGUAUGCCAUGAUUUUAAUUUUGUUUUUGAGAUGUAGUGAAAUUAGGUGAUUUUGGUGAGAAAUUAUACAUUUUAUGAAAUUUAUUUCAAAAUAUUUAAUGGAGUGUAUGUGUUUUCUUAUCUAUGAAUUUUAACUUUAAUAAUCGGGAACCAAAAUGUUUCACAAACUUGAGUAUUAUUUGGUCCUGAUGAAUUGUUUUAGUUGGAGGUAGGUUGUCUGCAUGUAGCCUAAUAAAACUGUUGCAAAGCCAUCGUCCUCCCUAACCGCCCCGUUCACUCACUUACCAGUUUAUUAGUUGUGUUGAAACAGUUUCUAAUGUGUCUACUUUCAUUUAUUUAAAUGUUAGAGAAAAUAUUAGAAAUACCUCCAGUAUAUAAUGCAAUACUACAAACAGCCUCAGAAAUUAACAUGAAGUUGAAUCAACAUGUGUAACACUGAAUAUUAUAACCUUCAUGAAGGUAGGUUUUAUUACAGGGGUGUUGUAUGAGACUAUUAGAUAGUUACUAGUGGCUAGUUGUACCUAAUAAACUGGUAAAUGAGUGCUUAAUGUCGUACCCUGAUGGAUAACUGAAGUGUUACAUUUUUAGUUUUGUGUGUUUGAG